AUGGCAAAUGACAGAAAACGAUGUUUCGUUUGUAACAAAGACAAAAUAAUUUAUCCUUGUCGAGGUUGUUCACAGGAAUUCUGUUUUGACGAUUUAACAAAACAUCUGCAGAAUUUAAAUGAAGAUUUCAACACGAUUAUCAAUGAUUAUGAUCAAUUUAGGGAUCAAAUCAAUCAAAAACAACCCGUUUCUUCCUCAAUGAAACAAAUUGAUCAAUGGGAAAAGAAAUCGAUCGAAUUAAUUCAACAAACAGCUCAACGAUAUCGAAAUAUUUUAAUCGAAAAAGGAGGAGAAAAUUUCGAUAAAUUAAAAAGAAAAUUUGAUGAAAUAACAGAAAAAAUGAAAAAAGUUCAAAAAGAAAAUGAAUAUAAUGAAUUUGAUUUGAAUUAUUUCAAAGAUCAAUUAAUGAAAAUGAAAAGACAAUCGGAAGAUCAACUGGGAAUGAAUUUAAAUGGAAAUUCACAAAUAUUUAUCGAAAAACUUUCAAAAACAGUUAUUCAAAAAUUCAUUUUGAGGAAAUGGAAACAAAAUGGAUCGACAAUUUAUGGAGGACAUGGAGAAGGAAACAAUUUAAAUCAACUUUCAUAUCCUAGUGGAAUAUUUAUCGACAAAGAUCGAAAUAUUUUCAUUGCGGAUUGGGGUAAUGAUCGAAUUGUUCGAUGGAAAAGAAAUGAAAAUCGAGGAAUAACUGUGGCUGGUGGAAACGGAAAAGGAAACAGUUUGAAUCAAUUGAAUUGGCCAACGGAUGUGAUUUUUGAUGAACGAAAUAAUUCGAUCGUCAUCGCUGAUUUCGGAAAUCGAAGAGUAAUUCGAUGGUUUUUUAACACAAAUCAGUCGGAGAUUCUCAUUCGCAAUAUCGAUUGUUGUCAGUUAACAAUGGAUAAAUUUGGAUUUGUUUAUGUUUCUGAUUAUGAAAAACAUGAAGUGAGACGAUGGAAAAUAGGAGAAACGGGUAAAGAAACAUUAGUUGCUGGUGGAAAUGGAAAAGGAGAUCAACUCGAUCAGUUCAACGGUCCAAGUUUUCUGUUUGUCGAUGACGAACAAUCUCUUUAUGUUUCAGAUCGGGGAAACCAUCGUGUGAUGAAAUGGAGAAAAGAUGCACAGGAAGGAAUUGUUGUUGUUGGUGGAAAUGGAAACGGAAAGAAUCUGAAUCAAUUGAAUGAUCCUCAAGGAAUCAUUGUUGAUCAUGAGGGUCGAAUUUAUGCUGCAGAUCACGCAAAUCAUCGAAUAAUGCGAUGGUGUGAAGGAGACGAAGAAGGUGAAAUAAUUGUUGGUGGAAAUGGACAAGGAGAUGAGUCUAAUCAAUUAUCUUAUCCCCACGGUUUAUCAUUUGAUGGUGAAGGAAAUCUUUAUGUUGUUGAUCGUGGAAGUGAUCGAAUUCAACGCUUUGAGUUGAUCAUUUGA